AUUGGAUUUUGUGAUUUAUCAACUGAUUAUAAAAUGAAUCCAUUACUAGCAAAAUUGACAAAUCAUUCAUAUAAAUUUACACGUUUAGACAAUAGAAAAUUGGACAUGAGUAUACGUGCACAUAAUGCAGCUGUUAGCAAAUUAGCUAUACAUUCAAAGAAAUCAUGGUUAUGUUCAAUCGGGGAUGAUAAAUCAUGGAAAUUAUGGAAAAUUCCAAAAUUAGAUUUAUUAAUAGAAUAUAAACUAACCACAUCGGAUUGGAUAUCAUCAAUUGAUUUUCAUCCACAUGAUGAAUUAUUAGCUACAGGUUAUGCUAAAGGUUUUAUUCAAAUAUGGAAAAUUGAUCUGAACAAUGAUAAAUCAUCACAACAGAAUCAUUCUAAACGAAUCGGUGUACUACGUCAACAUACUGGAGCUGUAUGGUCUAUGAAUUGGCAUUGGACUGGUGCAUAUUUAGCUAGUUGUGGUAUGGAUAAUACAAUACGUCUAUGGAAUAUUGACCAUGCAUUGAUGUCAUAUAAAAUGAAUAAAGAUUUAUUAAACACACAAUCUACAACAACAUCAUGUUGUACAAUACUUAGGGGGCAUAGUAAAUCAGUGAAUUCUAUUCAGUUUCUACCGUAUGGAAAUAUUCUGGUGACUGGUUCAUCAGAUAAAACUGUAUGUUUAUGGGAUGGUCGUUCG